GCUCAUGCGCACUGCCUGAUUCUUCAAUACAGGGUUAUCAGUGACUAUCACUUCGAAGAUUGGAAUCUCUAGGGUGCAGGAGUUUGAAAUUCCUCUCAGAAAUUUAUAUUUUAUUAGUGGCGAUUUGAUGCAAGACUGAAAGAAAUAGCUGUACAUCGUAUUGUGAUGUGCUUUUCUGAAUCCGUGCAAUAACUAAGGAUUGACAAUGUUAGCCACGGAAAACAAGACAAUAUCCGACAUUUCGAAAACACCUGUAAAUAUGACGUCACAACUUACCUUGGAUCACAUAGACAGUUUUCGCCAUGCAGUUACGGCGGGGCCCCGUCCAGUGGUCCCCGGGGGGACAGAGAUGAACAAUAACAAUUCAGUGGUGACUACACAGAAAGACUCGCCUCAGCUUCACGGGAGUUAUCUUCCCCUGUCCCAGGGGGUCUCAGGCAACGGGGACUUUGUAUAUAGUGCUCAUCAACCUUAUAAAUAUACUCCAUCGAACAAUAAUACACGUGCUUCACACCACGAAAGCAGAAUAAGCAAUGUUCAGAAACAAGAAAAUGGUCAUGCGUUGAACAACCAAACAAACUCAAUCGAACACGUGUCAAAUGCUCAUUCUUAUUCUGUGAACAACUUAAGCGGGACUAUUGUGCCAAUCUUCUACCGUGAUACGAGUACAAGCGAAGAAGAAUCUUCGGGAAAUAAAACCUCAAACAGAGAACAACAAUCCCUUUCAUCUGACCUGGAACAACCUUGCAAGAAAAGGCGAAUUUCGGAUCCCCGGGAAGCAACCCAAAAUCAAAGGACUGAAAUGAUUCAAAACCAGCCAGCAUCAGUGGUACACAGUGAACAAAAAGACAAGACAGACGUUUCUGUAUACCCAUAUCCGUCAUUAGGGAGUGAAAAUUUAGACAAUUCAGAAAAACUCCGGAAAACACCUGACCCAUCUCCAAACCAGGCUCAAUUCUACAAUAACUAUCCAUAUUAUCUACCUUUUUACCACCCGCCUCAUCACAGCUUGCCGACUCCGGACUCCCAACAGGUGCCCCAGGUAAACGGGACGACCUUCCUGACACCCAGUCGCCUGCAGAGUCCAAUCAUGUCGACUUACCAGACACCAAAGGUCAGGGCGAAGCAGACCUGUCAGAGACGGCUGUCCUCACCCACCGACUCUGAGAGGUCAUGUGACAGGUCAUGUGAUGAAGAUUCAGAAAUUGACGUCAUCAGCGAUGCCAGAGACACGAGUAUCACGGUUGAAAGUAAAGACAGUGACGUUUCUAUGACGUCAUUGAAGUCUUCUAAGUCGACAUCCCCUUCCGACAAUAGCAGCACCGGAUCACCCUCCACAAUUAGCCCGGAAGACGGUUGUCGCAAAAAGACCAGGACUAAUUACACACCUUUGCAGGUGCAGACUCUAGAGAAGGUAUUUCACGAAAAUCCAUACCCAGACGCUGAGAAAAUGGAACAGCUCUCAAAAGAACUUGACAUUCCGGAAAAUAAGUUGAAGGUCUGGUUCCAAAACAAGCGCGCCCGCUGGCGCCGGAGGAUGAACGACAACGCCCACCAGGUUCCCCGCUACAUGGGCUUCUCCCCGAUGAUGUCGCCCAUGUCAAACUUUGGGUUCAUGGGCCACAUGAUGCCCCCGCCUAUGUCCCCCGCACAGGUGGUUCCUGGCCAUUUUGUCCGUCCUGGUCCACCCACUUCACCAUCGACUACGUCACAGAGUCCGAAACAGAACUCACAAGUGACCCCACCCCACCAAACACGAGGUCACUUUCCCCAGUACAUGCCAGUGUACCCCUAUGGAAUGUUUUCACCGUAUUACUACAGCUGAUUGUGAAUUUUAAGCGAGUGCUUUAUUUUUUUAAUCUUAUGAGCACGUUUUCUGUCCCGCCAUUUUGUCAAUAAAAUAGUUAAGUCGCCUGUUCUUCGUCACUGAAUUCUUAUUAUGUGUAAAUAUGUAGAUAUGUACAAACACCUGCUAUAUUCUAAAAGAGCUUUUGCUUUGUAUAUUUUAUUAUAUCAUUAUUUUUUUACAUCUUAUAUAUUAUAUCUGAUAUCGUCGCAUGAAUGAAAAACUGUAUAUUUUACACUGAAUUGUAAAUAAAAUUGUAUACUGUAUUAAAUAUCUACAAAAACUUA